AUGGAUGUGGAAAAAAAACAAAACGCAGAUGUAUCUGUAGAUGACAUAUUACAAGUGUUAGGACCGUUCGGGCGGUUUAAUAUUUUUAAUUUUAUUUUGAUUUUGUUUCCUGUUUUCCUUGCUGGAAUGUAUUCGUCGGUUUACAACUUUGAAGCCAUGGAUCUUGACUACAGAUGUUCAAUCCCGGAAUGCGAGAACGAAACAUCACUCAACUACACCAUACCGCACAUCGACGGCAAACCGUCCAAAUGCCUACGAUACCCACGGUUCGACAACUACACGUUAGACUUGAACGACACCUGCUUGCCUAAUCACUACGACCCUUCCAAUGUGAUUACAUGCGAGUCCUUUUUGUAUUUGGAAAGUCAUUCUAUUGUUAAAGAGUUCAACCUGGGCUGUCAAGACUGGAAGCGCACCCUUGUGGGUACAGUCCAUAACGCAGGUUUCUUCAUCGCUAUUCCUCUCACGGGGGUCAUGUCAGACAAGUUUGGCCGAAAAAUCGCCAUCAUCUUCGCCUGCAUCGCCAACGGGGUCUUCGGUGUGAUCAGAGCGCUGUCUGUCAACUACGACAUGUUCAUUAUAUUCGAAUUCUUGGAACCUGCUUUUGGAGGUGGUGUUUACACAGCUUGUUUUGUUCUUGCUCUAGAGCUCGUCGGUCCCAAAGGCAGAGUGUUCACCAGCCUCCUUUUCAACACCAUGUUCAUCCUUGGCGGAGAAAUGGUAACAUUACUGUCCUGGUGGCUUCAGAACUGGCGAUACCUGGUGUUCAUUAUCUAUACACCUGCAGUCUUCGUUUUCGUCUACAUGUGGACACUUACGGAGAGUUUCAGAUGGUACUUUAGCAAAGGAAGAUACGAGGAAGGUCUAAACGUACUUAGCAAAGCUGAAAAGAUGAACAAUGUUACAGUACCGAAAGAUCAUUAUGAUCAGGUAGAGAAACAAGCGAUGAAACAAAGGGAUACAAGAAAAUGCGAGAGCAAAGAAAACAAUCAAUCUUCGUUUCAACAGCUGUUUACAUCCACUGUAAUAUGGAAAAGAUUGGCGGUCUGUUCUCUUCUAUGGAUCUCGUCGACACUGGUCUAUUACGGCCUUUCCAUAAAUGCCAUAGAUCUAUCUGGCAAUGGAUACUUGAACUACGCUGUGGUGAUUCUUAUUGAAGCCCCAGCGAAUAUAUGUAAAUUAUUGUUGUUGGAUAGGUUUGGCAGGAAAAGAGUGAUUUCUUUAUCGUUCUUUUCUACUGCUGUUAUCUUGAUUGCAUAUGGUUUCAUUUCAGCGGGCAGUUGGUCCAUAGCAGUGUACCUGGCAGGAAAAUUCUUCAUAACGUUGGCGUACAAUUCGUUAUACGUUUUCGCUGCAGAAGUGUUCCCCACGAACUAUAGAACUACACUGUUAGCCAUGUGUUCUACCAUUGGGAGAACUGGGUCUACUAUAGCGCCGCUUACACCUUUAUUGACAAAACUGUACGAGCAUCUACCAACAAUACUGUUUGGCAGUUCAGCUGCAGUGUCAGGGUUCCUCGUGCUGACUCUACCAGAAACAAACAACCUUAAACUACCAGACUCCUUAAAGGAGGCGACAGAACAGGAUAAAAAAUUUGAUGAAAGUGAUAGAUGAAAACAGAAAGUGAUAAAAUGGUACAGUCCAUCCAUUUAGUAACAACGUUAGGGAUAGGGUAUGUUGAGUUUGUGCGUUACUAUCAUUAUAUUGUUAUUAUUAAAUGAACGGCCAAGUGACACGUAUACAAUUUGACGACCUGCGUUUGCAAUGUUGGUGGUGGUUGAGAAGGUCCUUGGUUAGUUUCCCGGUAGUGGCCUAAUAUAAAAUAGUUCCUUUUUUGACCUAUUCAGGGUACCAAGCUUUUUAUUGGUUAAAAUAAUUACACGGCAACAUUGGUAUUCUCUACAAUUUGUCAAUUUGACCCCGCAGACACGAAUCAGAUUUUAUAAAGCCAUGUUCCUGAUCAACUAGAUGUUUUUAUAGGCCAACCAUCGAGGUAUGAUUAUCUGGCAUAUUAUUUCUCGGUGUCUUUUUUGAAAAAAUAUAGGUAUAGGCUAGCAAAAUUGUCUAAAAAUAUGUUCUCUGACAAGAUGCGGAGUUUUUAAAAACGAAUUUCUCGUACCGAUAAAACGAUUAAUCCCAAGUCAAUACUACCCCACCAUUUUACGGCAUUAUGGAUGUCAAGGGACCAAUUCUCGUACGAAAAUGUCGCAUUUUCUCGAUUUCGAAAUAAUGUCGCAUCGUCAAUAUAUACGGAAAAUAUCACUAAAAUCUCUAACGCCCAAAACGUUCACAUUCACAGUAUUAAUAAAGAUGAUGAUAUCUCGGUUGGUAGACAUUUCGUUUCUAUCCAUUGUAUUCAAAAUAUAAUCGAUCAACAAUUUUUUUCACUUACCUAAAUCAAGAAUUCUGAAGUCUGUUCCGAUUGAAAUGAGUGAAUGUAACAAGCACAUUCUUAUUAUUUCCGUUUCAAAAUAAUGCAUUGUCAAAAAAUCUAAAUUAUGUCAACAUAUUGUCAGUGAUCUUUGCCUUCAACCACUCGACUUAACCCGUCCACGGGCAGAAACAGCGUUUACCGUAAAAUUAAAUUUUAGAUUAUGAUAAUACGGGGCACCGUUUCACUAUAUGGAUUUCAAAAACCAACUAUAGGCUUUAUUUAAGGACGCGCUCAAAGACGUGAAAAAACCAUUGCCCGCCGUAUGCCGUACGGAGCCGAAUACUUUUAUACGAGCGUUUGUACCGACGUCGGUACAAAACUUACUGCGUAACCCUAAGCGAGUGAUGGAGCCCUGGUCACGGCAAGGAAGAUACUGACCUCCACUAUCCAUGAAAGGGUUAAGUCUAUUGUGAAUUUCGAAACCUUCCAGAAACUAUUUGCGAUCUCUCAUUUUUUUUAUCAAGAAACUUCAUAAAAUGAUGUUAUACAUUUAUUCUUAUAUUUCUUAUUGCAUCAUCCGUUAUGUAUACCGAAGAAUCUUAACUGUUAAUGUUUAGUUAUUUCUAAAUGGAUGGACAUUAGUGUCUAUGCUAAAAUAAUGUCGUCUGUCUAAUGCGAAAACACCAAUAAUAAUAAUGUUAAUUCAUUCAAAUCAUAUGUGUAC